AUGAAAGGGUUUCCGGAAGAAACGUUCGAAAUUCUGCACAAGGUAUACGGCUGUCUGGAUCUUCUCAUUGUUGACGACUUGUUGUGGCAUAUUCUAGACACAAAACUUCUGCGCGUCGGUCCCAACGAGCUACAUAUCUCCGACCCUGAGGUCUACAAGGACAUAUACAAGCAGGUCGAUCCCUUUCCGAAAUAUGAGCCAUUCUAUUUGUCGUUCAAUGCGCCUUAUACCCUCUUCUCCGAGACAGAUGCAGCCAAGCACAAAGAGCACCGGCGUCUCUUGAAUCCAAUGUCUCUCGCGCUGGAAUCCUGA